ACCACGUAAUUUUUGUUCUUGAGAAAAAUCAUACAAAGUGGUGCUUUAUUUUAUUUUUUGUGGACGAAUUCUUUUUUAAGAACUUUGAAAAUACUUUUCUCAAUUUAUUUUGGUUGACUUCUAAAUUAUUACUUUCCUCAACUUAUGGUCUCCCAGAGCUGGCAGUCAAAGAAACUCUGAGAAACCAAGCUCACACUACAACCAGCAUGAAGACCUCCAGGAUCAAAUUUGCUGCAAUCUGGUGCUGCAUAGUAGAGCUCGUUGCUUCAGCUUCUGACCCUUCAAGCAUGGCGGUCGACAAUAUUCAAAAACCCAUCGAUUUUGAACAAGGAUGGGCAAUUUUGCAAGGAGCAGUUGACAGAGUGAUUAAUGUGGUUGAAGGGAUUGAUAACAAUCCCUUCACAGCUGAUGAAUACAUUGAGUACUACACAAUUGUAUAUGAUUUGGGUGGACCUGGAAGAGGUAGCUAUGAGAAUUCUAAGAAGUUGUACGAUCUAUAUAGGAAAGCCUUUGAAGACUAUAUUACUCUCAAGGUAUUGCCAUCUCUACUAGGAAAGAAGGAUGAGAUUUUGUUGCAAGAACUAGAAAGAAGAUGGCAAAAUCAAAAAACCAUGACUUAUUGGCUAUCUAGAUUCUUUGGAUAUCUUGACAGAUAUUUCACUACCAUACAAAAGCAACCUUCGCUCAGAGAGAUUAGCUCCUUGUCCUUCUAUGACUUGGUUUUCGGCAAAAUUAAUAGUCAAAUAAGAGGUGCUGCAAUAUCUAUGAUUGCCAUUCAGAUCGAUCGAGAGCGUGAAGGAGAGCAGAUUCAUCAAGUUAUAGUGAAGAAUGUUGUGGCCAUCUACACGGAAAUCGGAAAAGACUUGAUGAACUAUACGAGAGACUUUGAAGAUGAUUUGGCAAAACACACUGCUGCAUUUUAUUCUCAGAAAGCCUCAAAUUGGAUUACAAGUGAACCGUACAAAGAAUACAUGCUUAAGGUCGAAGAUUGCUUGAAACACGAAAGAGACAGAAUUUCGUACUACCUACCAGCCGGACUGCAGAAGAAGUUAUUGGAGGUUGUUCAGCAUGAAUUGCUCUCUGUAUAUGCAAGUGAACUGCAAGAAAAGAAACAACUUGAUGAGGUUCUGUUGAAUGUUGAAAGCUAUUAUGUGGGAUGAUUGUUAAACAUGGAGUUUAGAAAAUCUGUAUAUUAUGAUGAUACUUUUGUUUUUGCAUAAGUUUGACUGCAAAAACUUUGCAGCCCAUAAAAGAAAACAGCAAAUAGCUGGUUUCUCCAAAUAAUGUCCACUUUGAGUUCCAUCAAAUGGUGAUUCAUUUAUAGAUAUAUAUAGAUAUGUCUGUAUGUAUAAAGUCUGAGAAAUUUUAUCAGUGUGUGUUUGUUUGUAUAUCUAUAUAUUUUUUCCGCCGAGAGGUUUUACCAGUGUCAUAAAAUCGUUAUCUCAGAACUUUUUUUUUUCUUUUGUUUUGGGUAAAGAAAUUUCAAAGCUGUUUGUU